AUGGUUUCUGUUGACCUCAGCCAGCCGUUUGACUACGUUGUCAUCGGCGGUGGCACCGCCGGUCUGGUGGUUGCCAAUCGCCUCACCGAAGACAGCAGUGUCCGGGUCCUCGUCGUGGAGGCCGGCGCAGACCGCACCGCCGACCCUCUGGUCCUCACACCAGGCUUGGUCGGCGCCUUGUACGGCAAGGAGGAGUACGACUGGAACUUCAUCUCUCCCCCGCAGCCGACCCUGAACAACCGCCGUAUCAACCAGGCUCGGGGCAAGAUGCUCGGUGGCAGCUCGGCCCUUAACUUCUUGAUGCUGCUCUACCCGUCCAAGGGCAACAUCGAUGCCUGGGCUGCCUUGGGUAACCCAAGCUGGAACUAUGACGCUCUGGCCCCGUACCUUCGCAAGUUUGCGACUGUUCACCCGUCGCCCCAGUCCGCCCGAGAUCUCCUUGGCUUGACCUACCUCAAUGAGGAUUUGGCCAAGGGGGACGGGCCCAUCCAGGUCUCGCACACCGAGGGUUAUGGCGUAACGAACAAGGCGUGGCUACAAACCUUUGCCGGCCUUGGCCUCGAGGCCGCGAGCGAUCCCCGCGAAGGCGGAGCGCUGGGCGCCUUCCAAAACCACGCGAGCAUCGACCCGGCCACCAACACGAGAAGCUAUGCUUGCACUGGAUACUACACCCCCGAGGUUGCCAAGCGGCCAAACCUCGUCGUGCUCACCGAGACCGUGGUAAACAAGAUCAUCUUCGACACAACGAGCGGUGAGGACGCCGUCGCCACGGGCGUCGAGAUUAUCACCAAGGACGGCCAGAAGAAGCAGGUUUCGGCCAGCACAGAAGUCAUCUUGGCAGCCGGUUCGCUGCAGUCACCUCAAAUCCUCGAACUCUCAGGUGUCGGUGGCCGCGACCUGCUCGGGAAGCACGGAAUCCCCGUCAUCGUCGAGAACCCCAACGUUGGCGAGCACGUCCAAGACCACCCCAUCGUCUGCCAGAGCUUCGAGGUCGCCGACGGCGUGCCCUCGGGCGACGUCCUGCGCGACCCCAACGUCCUCCAAGCCCUGGUUGGCAUGUACCAGACGGGCGGCGCCGGGCCGCUCGGCCAGAGUGUCAUCAGCGUCGCCUACUCGCCGCUCGUCGACGGCUCGGGCAUCGUCCCGGCCGAGGCCAAGGCGAGCCUCUUCGCCGAGCACGCACCGACCUUCGACACCCCCGAGGGCAAAGUCGCCCGCAAGCUGGUCGAGUCCCCCACCGAGGCCACCUUCCAAUACCUCCUUUUCCCCAGCCAGCCCUUCUCGCGCGGCAGCGUGCACAUCACCAGCGCCGACGUCCACGCCCCGCCCGAGUGGGACCCCAAGUACAACUCCAACCCGCUCGACAUGGAGCUGCUCGCGCGCGCCGUACAGUUCGUCGAGCGCAUCGUCGACCCGGCCACCCCCUUCGGCGGCGUCCUCAAGGCCGGCGGCCAGCGCCAGCCCGCCCUCAAGGCCGACGACCUCGACACCGCCCGCGAGAUCGUCCGCCGCCGCCAGAUCUCCGUCUUCCACGUCGCCGGAAGCUGCGCCAUGCGCCCGCGUGACCAGGGCGGCGUGGUCGACGAGCGUCUGCGCGUGUAUGGGACUAAGCGGUUGCGCGUGGUCGAUGCCAGCGUCUUCCCCAUUGAGCCCGUCGGUAAUAUCCAGAGUGUGGUGUACGCUGUGGCUGAGCGGGCGGCGGAUUUCAUUAAGGAGGAUCGUGCGCGGGCUUAG